UUCUUACUUAUACCGGAUACUUGUAUUCGACAGUUCGAACAAUUGAUUUGCUAGAAAUGUUACGACAUGGGUCGUGCCUCAUACUGGCAUGAAUACAUUUUGUUUAUUACAUUUCGUUCUUUGUUAUUGGAUCUCCGCUCUAUGGGAGACCCUUAUUCUCAGUCGUUCUGUCUGUCUGCGUAUCUGUCUAUCUGUUUAGAUGUAGCCUCUAAACCAGGGAUUCCCAACCGGUGGUACGCGUACCACUAGUGGUACGCGGGAGCUUUUCAGGUGGUACGCGUGCAGCUUUCUGUUGUAUUCGAUAUAUAUGACAUCACAAUCAUGUUAUUUAUUGACGCUUUUGCAAGAGUUCUUGUUAGAAUAGCCAACUCGUCGCCUGUGAUUGCUUUGCCAAAGUUUUGGCUAAGUAUUUUAAAAUGUCGAAGCGAAAGUAUAGUGAAAAUUAUAUUGAGUAUGGCUUCAUUGCUAUUGAACAUCGAGGAGAUAUCUUACCUCAGUGCGUGAUCUGUAUGAAAACCCUUUCAAAUGCAGCUUUGAAACCAAGUUUGCUUAAGCGACACCUUGAAACCAAUCAUACAGAUAAGAUGAACCGAGAUAAGAGUUAUUUUGAGCGACUUGGGGAGAACGUGAAGAGACAGCGCAUGGAUUACACAGGCCAGUUUUACCAAAAGAAUGCGGGGAUUGUAAAGGCAUCCUACGAAGUAUCUCUUCUGGUGGCCCAACACAAAAAAGCUCAUGUCAUUGCAGAGUCUCUUAUUUUGCCUGCAGCUAAGAUAUUAGUCAGAAAUUUGAUUGGAGAAGAGUCAGCGGCAAAGUUGGAUAGUGUAUCGCUUUCUAACAAUACCGUGAAACGACGCAUCGAGGAAAUGUCAGUUGAUAUUACUGACCAGGUGAUUGCAGGAGUAAGAAAUUCGAAGUUUGGAUUUGCCUUACAACUUGAUGAAUCGACAGAUGUCACAAACUGCUGCCAACUGCUUGCCUACGUCCGCUUUAUUCAGAACGAUACUGUAAAAACGGAAUUAAUGUUGAAUCAUGAGCUGUCUACUACAUCAAAAGGAAAAGAUAUUUUCAACUCUUUGGAUAAUUUUUUCAAGGAAAAUGAAUUAGAUUGGGGAAAUCUUGUCGGAUGUACCACGGAUGGGGCUCCCUCCAUGCUCGGCAGAAAAUCUGGAUUUCAAGCCCUUGUCAAAGCAGUGUCACCUCGCGUCGUAAGUGUUCACUGUUUCAUACACAGAUUUGCUCUUUGCACAAAAGUUCUUCCUGCAAAUUUGUUAAUGUGCUUGAACAGGGUCAUCAAAAUCGUAAAUUUUGUUAAAACAUCAGCUUUAAAUACUCGAUUGUUUAAGGUUCUUUGCGAAGAUCUCGGCUCUGAUCACUCUUGUCUCCUUUAUCACACAGAAGUACGUUGGCUCUCUCGAGGAAACACAACUAAACGUCUUUUUGAAAUGAGGGAUGAAUUACUUUUAUUUUUCCAACAGAAAGACCAUGACUUUCAAAACGACCUGCAGGAUGAGGAUUUUAUUGCGAAGUUGGCUUAUUUGUCAGAUAUAUUUGAAACAUUCAAUCACUUAAAUUUGUCAUUUCAAGGGAAAAACUGCACAGUCGCAGACUUUGUUUCAAAACUGGGAGCCUUUAUCAGAAAGCUGAUUUAUGGAGAAAAAAUGUGGAAAACAAGCGCUAUGAUACCUCAUGCUGCCCAUACGUCACAGAUCCUUUCUCAGUGGACCCAGCCGACCUACUUGUUGGUACAGGGGAACAAGAGGAACUGAUAGACAUACAGGAGGAUCUGGAAGCAAAAAAACAAUGCAAAGAAUAUUCUGCAAUAAACUUUUGGCUUAGUAUGGCUUCUUCAUACCCAACGCUAGCUUCUCACGCUAUUCCACAACUACUGAUUUUUCCUUCUACUUGGGAAUGUGAGCAGGGAUUUUCUAUUCUUAUGAACAUCAAAUCAAAAAAUCGAAACCGACUAAGUGCCCCCGGACAUGACUUCAGAUGUGCUAUUAGCAACGUUAUGCCGCGCAUCGAUCAGCUGGCGCAAGACAAACAAAAACAAAAAUCCCAUUAAAUUUAGCCGUGCACUUUUCGUUGUUUAUUCUGAUUGGUAAUUUUGGUACAUUCGUUAAAUUUACAUCCUGAUUUAUCAUGUUAUCAUAAUAAAUUGGUUUUGUAAAAUUUGUAUCAAAUUAGCUGUUUCGAAAAUAGUGGUACAUGUUGACAAAUCGUGGUGCCCAAGUGGUACGAGAACGUAAAAAGGUUGGGAACCCCUGCUCUAAACGGCUAGAUCAUUUUGGAUGAAAUUUCUCAUGUAGGUUAACCUAUCAUCCUAGUAAUAUGCGUUUCCUCGAAAGGCUGGAUUGAUUUUUCGUUUCCAUGGCACCAAGCAAAAAACAUCCGAUUGUGGAGAAAUUUCUAUUUUUUUACAUUCUUUCGCAAUUUCCUCGUAAAUUAAGUCGAAAAUUAAAAUUCUGAGAUUGCUACCUUUUGCGGAGGAAAGUGCUUUGUCUAACAAGCCGCCAUUCAUCUCGAUACUCUAUAAACUGGCGAAGCCUUAGGAAUUUUAGUGAACAUGUUUCAAUAAUUAGUCACAUUUUAUUCCUCACGCAACGAUGAAAAGCAGACGCACAGCGUUCAAAAUGAACAGGCAAUUUCGGUAACUGCGCAAGUUUCUAUAGAUGGUAACCGGUUGCCCGAGUGAGGGCCUCAACUAUCAGCGGAUAUCCUGUGCGCCUACCGGCUUGUCUUGUUAUUAUGUAUGCCGGAUGUCCUUAUUUUUGGGUUCAUAUCGAUGGCAGCCGUGACUGUGGUACUAGCUCGGGAUAGAUAUCAUGUCAUAGUACUAGCCACACCCGUCUCACUAAUUAAACUAAC